UAGAUAUACCCGUGGCAAUGUCAACCAGGCAUCUUGCUAAGCCCUCCAAACUUCCUCAACUAUUGUUUCUGAGCACAAGAAAAUGACUUGGGGAGGAAUAUCUCCAGUUGUCCAUUCUCUUUUUAGGGCAUUCUAAUAUGGCUUGCGUUCCUUUUACUCGAUUACAGGAUUUUCUCGAAGUAAAUCAUCCAUUACAUCUAUGCUAUCAAAUUCAGUGGUUUCUUCUCUGUCUGAAUUGCACUUAGCUCAUAAUCACCUUAGACAUAGGACACCACUCCCUUUUCUCAAACACUGUCUUCUCUUGGAUUCUGUGAUCCUGCUGUCUCAAGUAGAUCCUUCUGCUCUGCAUGGUGUCAGCCAGGGAGCCUAAGUGCUAUCCAGUUGAUGAGUGGUCUGGUCUGCAUGGUUCAAGAAGGCUUCAUUCAUGUCUGCUUCCUUGAUGGAGAAAGCUAGAAGGCUGACCUUAGCUGGUUACUUUCCCCUUCAUGAAUUCUCAGCCUCUCACUUGGACACUUAGCUGGUGGUCAGCUAUAUUACAGAGGGAAGUCCAAGAUUUAAAAGUAAGUAUUCCAGGAAGAACAGAGAUAUGGAGCAGUGGUUAGAAUGUGAGAUCAAGAGGGUUUCCCCAAAAAACUAUGAGUAAUCACUAAAGCAUACUGGUAUCUGAUGGGAAUGGUCCAGAAAAGAGGAAGAAAUGGAUGUUGCAGAAAACAGAAGGUAUAACAAGGACCAAAAGACUUAAGGAGGAAAGGGCCACAGAAGGAGUCGGGUGGAGUGACAUAUAUUGAAGCAGGAAACACUCAUUCACAGAGUAACUGGAGAGGAGCGACAUGGGUGUGCACAGGCUCCUGCUUCAGUUUGCUGGGUCCUCUCAUCAGUGAGGGCUUUCUGACUGCCCCAGGCUUAACUGUCACAUAUAGCACUCCCUGUCUCUCUUUCCUGCUUCAGCUUUCUCCAUAGUAUAUAUGCACAUCUAUAGAACAUAUAUGUAACACCCAUGGCAUUACACACACCAUAGUGAUAGGGUUGGCUGAUGCCUUUAUUAACUACCUCCACUGGAAUAUAAGGAAGACUCCUGUCUCUCACAUAGCUGAUACUUAAUAAACAUUAGCCAACCAAGGGAAUAAAUGAACAGGGGAGUGGUAUACCUAAGUGAACUGUAAGGUAAAAAAUGGCCCUGAGAUGUUUGAAAUCCAGAUGAUAGAAGAUGACAUGGUGUCCUAGUGAGGACAGUUGCAUCUUGGGUGUUUCAACCACAGCUCUCUUCCGUGCCUCUCUUGGCUGAGUCAUCAUGAUCUGGUUAUUGAAACCCUAUGAACCCAGGAUUAGGCAAGCCCUUUUUGGCACACACUCAGCAGAUUGGCUCUCCUUUCCCACAGUUCUGUAUUUCCUUCUACCUGUUUGAUCUCCUCUUCUUGACUGGUCUAGGCACCUGUUUGAUUAUCUCUCUUUAAAGCCUGAGAGUGCAAAAAGAGGUGCCAGGCUAUCUGUGCACAGCUCUGGGCGGUGGCCCUUGAUGACCAGUGGUGGAGCUCUUGUCCAGACUGACCUGACCCAAGCUAACUCUCAGCCAGUCUUGGGGCUGUUGGAGCUGAUCUGCUGCAGACAGGAAGAGGUUCCCAGCCAUCGCUGCCAGCUAUGGAGAAGUUGACGGUGCUGACUCUCGUGGGACUGGCACUAGCAAUCUUCAUCAGUCACAGGUCUUCCAACCAAACAAGAUUUAAUGCUUUCCGUGAAGUAACGGCUGUGGAACUUCCUAACUGUAAUUUAGUUAAAGGAAUUGAAGCAGGCUCUGAAGACAUAGAUAUACUGCCCAAUGGACUGGCUUUCUUUAGCACCGGAUUAAAAUAUCCUGGACUAAAGAGUUUUGAGCCUGAUAAGCCUGGAAAAAUACUUCUGAUGGACCUAAAUGAAGAAAACCCACAAGUGCUUGAGUUGAAAAUUACAGGAAGUAAAUUGGAUUUGCCUUCAUUUAACCCUCAUGGGAUUAGUACAUUCACAGCUGAAGAUAAUGUGGUGUACCUGCUGGUGGUGAACCAUCCAGAUUUCAAGACCACGGUGGAGGUGUUUAAAUUUCAAGAAGAAGAAAAGUCACUUUUACAUCUGAAAACCAUUAGACACAAACUUCUGCCUAGUGUGAAUGAUAUUAUCGCUGUGGGACCAGAGCACUUUUAUGCUACAAACGAUCUCUAUUUUGUUGACCCGUACUUACGAUCCUGGGAGUUGUACUUGGGUGUAGGAUGGUCAAAUGCUGUUUACUACAGUCCUGAUGAAGUUCGAGUGGUGGCAGAAGGAUUUGAUUUUGGUAAUGGAAUCAGCAUUUCACCUGACGGCAAGUAUGUCUAUAUAGCUGAAUUGCUGGCUCAUAAGAUUCAUGUAUAUGAAAAGCACACUAAUUGGACUCUAACUCCAUUAAAGUCCCUGGACCUUGACACCCUCGUGGAUAACAUUUCCGUGGAUCCUGUGACAGGGGACCUUUGGGUUGGUUGCCAUCCUAAUGGUUGGAAGAUCUUCUACUAUGACCCAGAGAAUCUGCCUGGCUCAGAGGUGCUUCGAAUCCAGAACAUACUAACAGAAGAACCCAAAGUAACCGUGGUUUAUGCAGAGAAUGGCACAGUGUUGCAGGGCUCUACUGUUGCAUCUGUGUACAAAGGGAAGCUGUUGAUUGGCACUGUGUUUCACAAAGCUCUCUACUGUGAGUUCUGACCCAUGUCAUGGAAAGGGCCGGCCCAUCAUUUCAGCCCUUUGCCAUAUUCCAGGUGGCCACAAUGAAUGCUGACAUUCAGUUUGGACAUCAGGCAGCUAAGAGUGCUGUUUGUUGGGAGCAGAUACAGAGAACACACUAUCAAACUUGUCUCAGAAUAUUUGAAAACCUCAUUGACCAACGGGAAACCCACUUUAUUAAAAUGGCUAAAUAUAUCAAUUGUCAGAUCUUAAAUAAAUGUUUAGCUGUAUGUGCU